UGGCCAGGACAAUCCCCGAUCGAGCGACUAGCACGGAGGCGGAGAUGACGACCGAACCACCGGUCCAGCUCAUCGGCGCUUUCGGCAGCCCGUUCGUCCACCGCGCCGAGGUGGCCCUGCGCCUCAAAGGAGUCCCCUACGAGCUCAUCCUCGAGGACAUGAGCAGCAAGAGUGACCUGCUGCUCAAGCACAACCCCGUGCACAAGAAGGUCCCCGUGCUCCUCCACGGCGACAGGGCCGUCUCCGAGUCGCUCGUCAUCGUCCAUUACGUCGACGAGGCCUUCGACGGCCCGCCGCUGCUGCCGGCGGACCCCUACGAGAGGGCGCUGGCUCGCUUCUGGGCUCACUUCCUGGAGGAAAAGUGCCUCGAGCCGCUGCGGGUGGCACUGUUCGCGGACGGCGAGGCGCAGAAGGCCGCCAUGAAGGAGGCGAGGGAGAGCCUGGCGCUCGUGGAGGAGCAGCUCAGGGAGAAGAGGUUCCUGGGAGGUGACGACAUCGGCCUCGCGGACAUAGCCGCCGGCGGCCUGCUGGCGCACUGGCUCGGUGUGCUCGAGGAGGUCGCCGGAGUGCGCGUCCUGAGCGACGACGAGCACCCAGCUCUGCGCCGGUGGGCGGUGGAGUACAGCUGCAGUGAAGCUGUGAAGGAGUGCCUGCCGGACAGGGGCCGCCUUCUCUCCUACUUCGCCGGGAUCAGGGACAAGUGCGUCUCGGUGGCCAACUCAAUGCUGCCCAAAUGAACAUUGACCUCAUCAUCAUCUAGGAACGCAGAUGCAUUAGCAUGUUCGGUCGCCCGUCACUGUCUUCAUCAUCGCACUCGCCACCUAGGGCUGCACAUCAUUAGGACCCGCCAGAACUGCGAUCAUCUAAUGGCUGGCUUUUCACAAACUUGUUUUUUUAGGGGGUUUUCACAAACUUGUUAAUCAGCAAUGACGUUUGUGGUU